AUGUCCGUCUUCAGUGGACUCACACGGAAAACACUUUUUUCCUCUGUCUCUGCAGAAAGGCGGAAGAAAGAGCAUGAUUGUUAUUUAAAGAAUGGAAGUGCGGUACUUGAGGAGCUUCUUGCUUUAUGCGACGGAAAUUGCAGAAUUCCCAUCCGUUACUUCUCUGCAAUAGAGAUCCACAAUGCAAUAAAAUACUCUAAAUGCAGAAUAAACCUUUCCGAUGUGUAUAUUACUGGCUCGCUGGACAACCAUCUCGUUUUAGUUAGGUUCAAUAGAUGUCGAUUAAACAAUAUCCACCGAGAUAUAGCAGUUACUGCUCAGAUGAGUCAUCUCAAGAAUGUGCUGAGACUUGUCGGUUGCUGUCUAGAAUUUGAACAACUGGUGUACGAAUAUGUCGAAGAAAAUUGUUAUUAUCUUGAGGAUGGAAAUAGAUUACGAAUUGCCAAUGAGGUCGCUUCUGCAAUCGUCUUUCUCCAUACCGAAUUUACAACGCCCAUCAUCUUCAAAGAUCUGAACCCAUCUAAUGUGAUAAUAGAUCAGAAUAGCGGUGUUGGCAAAAUAUUGGACUUCUCAUUAUCCAUAUCUUUGCCUCCAGGAAAAUUGGAAGUAGUAAAAGAUAUUACCUCCAGAAAUGGAUGUUUAGCUCCAGAAUAUGCGAUCUCGGGUAUUGUUACUCAAAAAGCAGAUGUCUAUAGCUUCGGAGUUGUUCUACUUCAGCUACUUACUGGAGAGAAAAUGAGUACUCUAAAUAUAGAGGAUCCUGAGUAUAUAUAA